AUGUAGACAGAUAUCAACUCAAAAAAAGACCUUGCUCAAAAUAUCAUGGACCAGGCUGAAGAAAUUAAUAUUACUACAAAGCACUUCAAAUAGUAUUUUGUAGAUUUGAUGCUAUUAUUGGAUACUUUUUUUAAACAACAGCUAAAAAGUACAAAAAAUUGUAUAGGUUAAGUUAUUUAUGAAGACAAAGAACCUGUUUCCAUACAGAUAGGAAACUUUUAAAAAUAUUAUAUAGAUUAUAUUAACUAAUCUUAAAUAAAACUUAAUGAAUUAGAAAGCAAUGAUUUCAAUCUAGAAAAUAUUAAGAUAGGUAAAAAAAAUAUUAAAGAAAAUACAAAAAACAGCGAAAAAAAACUAGAUAAGUGUGUAGAUGCCUAUUUAAAGAACAGCUAAAAAUAUGAAAAGCAAUCUUCAGAAUUCAAGCUGAGGUAUGAGGAGUAUCAAAAAUCUCAGAAGACUGGCUAUAACAUAACUUUAUUUAAAAAGUAGGAAUCUAAAAUAAGAGUGUUUGUGUAGGAAAUAGAACAAUAGGAAUAAUCUCUACAGUAAACAAUUAAUGACUUUAACUCAUCAGUUUCAAGUUACAAAGAGACAUUGAAGCUAAAUUUUAAUUCAAUGAAAGUUUUAUUUUCUGAGUCUGUAAAUUCUGUUCUGUUAUUGGUAAAACAGUUUGCAAUAGCUCAAAAUAAAAUCACAGAAACGGUAAUUUAAUAGCUUGAAAGCAACUACCUUCCUUACUUCUUGAAAAUUGGUGAAUAAUUUAAACUCACAGAGUAGCAAAUUUUACCAGAAAUGUAAGUUAACGAAGUUACUUAAGAUAAUUUAGAUAAUUUGCAGUUAUCAGAUACCAGUAAGUCACAAUAAUAAUUGGUUGAGUCUAGUAACACUAUCCUAUAAAAUUCAAGCUAAACUAGUAAUAGUUAAAAUUAGUUUUCUUGCAUAAAUUUUGUCUUAUCUUUAUAAAAGGCCUUAGAUAGGUUUGAAAUUUAAACUCAGAAUCAGUCUGAUGAAAGUAUCCGUAGCUAUUAUUUUGAAUAAGUCAAAGCAAUUAUUGAAAAAUUUAAAAAAAUGCUUGAAGAUAGAUCUAAAAAUGCUAAGAUUCUAAAGCAGUAUUUAGGAGAAUUGUGUGAAUCAUACGAUUUUAUUUAAAAGAAUUUAGUAAAACACAUGGCUAACAAGCAACAAACAUCUGGAUCAAAACUAUCAGCUAAAUUCACAGAAGUUUUAAAUGUUCUCUAAUUUAUAGUGGAGGGUCUAUCAGAAGCAUUUAAAUAUAUUUCAAUUUUUAUCAACUAAAAGUAAAACAGUUUGAAUGGAAUAAUUAACGAAUAUUCCAAUAUGGACAAGGCACUUGUUUACUUGUAAUAGUUAAUGCUAAAAAACUAUCAAUAGAAUGAUGAUGGUAUUUAUUUACAAAAAUAAUACUAAUAAAUGAUUGUUGGCAGUCUAAAAAAGAUUCUUAAGCAAGAAAAUGUAAGUAGCCUCACUAUUUACACUUCAUUAUAUUCUAUAUUCUAGGAAUUGCUGAAAAUGCAAUAAAAAAAAUAAUAAUUUUUACAAAAAGCGAUAGAUAAUGUUUUGAUGUCUCAAGAUGAGGUUUAAGAUUAAAUAAAAUCGUACUUUACAAAAGACUAGCAUUUUUUUGAUGUUUAAGAGCAAAAAUAAAACAAUUAAUAAGAUUUUAUAGUAUUUAAAAAGUUAUUUAACUUGCCUGAUGAAUUUAAGCAAGAUUACAUUAUAGAAUAAUAGUAAAAACAAAUAAAUGAGUUAAAUAUUAUUAGUUCCCCUCUAAAAGAUAGUAUCAAAUAGCAAGACUCAUUAAAAAUUUCUGAUUCCCUAUUAAAAAAAUUUAAUGUUCCAUAAAAUGAUUUUGUUGUAGAUUCCUACAGUUGUUCCAACGCUGGUCUGCAUGGAAAGAUUUAUAUCUUUAAUACGAUGAUAGGGUUCAUAAGUAGUUUUAACUCUAAAACUUUAUUUGGCGAUACAGUUUUAGUUAUUCCGUUUAAUGAAAUUAAGCAGAUUGAUAAAAAAGCAUAAGCAUUAAUCUUCGAUAAUGCCAUAUCAAUUACCACUAAAAAGGGAACACUCACAUUUACAUCUUUUAUGAACAGAGAUAGAUGUUACAGGCUUAUAAAACAACAAAUAGCUUAGUUCGGAGAUCUUAUGGAAAAGAAGAUGGCUCCUAAUUCAAAUAAAAAAGUUAAGAAAAAUAAAGUAGACACCUCAGAUUCUGAGGAUGAUGAAGUAGAUGAAGAAGGAUAAUAAAGAGAUGAUGAUUCAUAAGGAGAGCUAGAAAGGUCAGGAAAUACAAACGAAAAUUAAGAAAAUCCUGAAUCACAACCAGACGAAUAAGCUAUAGAAAAACAACCUGCAUUUCCUCCUAUUUUAUCUGAAGAAUUAAAAUAGUCCAUGCUUGAAAGAAAAUAAAAAAUUUUGUCUGAUAACCCAAAACAUUAUUUGUCUAAUAAAGACUUUGAAACAUUUGAAUUAGUAUUAGAAAAUACCCACACUAGAGAAGUAUUUAUUGAAAUAUUCAGUGAUAAAUAAUACAAGGAUUAUUAAUCGUUCAGCCAUUUCUAUUAGCAAACAUACAUUAAAGAUACUAAUAUUGAUAUAACUCCUUGGUAGCCUGCACCUAGUAGCAUUUAUACUGACGUAUCUUCUACUAACUAUUAAGAGUUUUUAGAAUCUAAUUAAUUUUCUACAAAAACAAACUAAUUUAUUCACCCAGUUAGAGAAAAAGUACCAAUGGGCCCUAAAACUUGCUAAGUUAAUUCAGAAGAAAAAAUAUUUUGGCUGAGUAGCGAAGAAAUUUUAAUACAAAGAGAGUUUAAAGUUUCGAAAGUUCCGAUGGCUGAUUGUUUUACGACAUAAAAUUUUUAUCAUAUUUAGCAAACAGGCCCUACCACUGUUAAAAUAACAUUCGGAUUUUUCAUCAAUUUUGUUAAAAGUUCAAUGUUUAAAUCUUUAAUUGUAAAGUCAAGUGGAUCAGAAAAUAGAGAAACAUGGAAUGGUAAGUUUAAAGGUUUGAUAACAGAACAAAUUAAAUUUGCAUAAAAUUAAAGAGCAUCUGUAAUAAAUUAAUAAAAAAAAUAAAAAACAGGAGCUGGAACUGGAACUGGCAAAUCAAAGCCUGUAAAGUUUUCUCAAACUGAUAAAUUCAUAGAAUAGAAUUAAUAAUCUCUAGAAAGUCUUAAUGCUAUAACUGAAUAGAUAUUAAAUAUAGACAACUCUGUAAAUUUAUGCAAUGAAAAACAACAAGCAUUUGUUUCACAAUAAAAAAUAUUUUUUUAUCUUCUAAUUGGAAUAUUAGCAAUCAAUUUCCUUUCCCUAUUUAAAUGA